UGCGUCUCUCUGCUCUACUACGACGCGCGCGCUUUUCUGCUCCAUCGUCCUCUCAUUUUCAAUUUCAACGCCUUAAAUAGAGCGUUCAUCAACCGAGUCUUCAUUGGAAGGCAGUGUCGGAGCUACAAACCUAUGGCUUCAUCCAUGUCUUCUUCGCCUAACACCAACAAAGACGUCUCUGAAGUAGCAGAGCAGCUCGGCAUAAUCACUGCGCCUUACGGUUCCUGGAAGUCGCCAAUCACCGCCGAUGUUGUUACUGGUGCCUCGAAGCGACUUGGUGGCACUGCUGUCGACGGCAAUGGACGUCUUAUUUGGCUCGAAUCACGGCCCUAUGAAUCCGGGCGGGGAGUGCUCGUAAAGGAAUCGGAAAAGCCAGGGGAUGAGCCUUGUGAUAUUACUCCGAAGGAGUUUUCAGUGCGGAACACGACUCAGGAAUACGGCGGUGGUGCAUUUGCGGUCGCGGGAGACUUCGUUGUCUUUUCGAAUUACAAGGAUCAAAGACUUUAUAAGCAAUCCUUAAACUCAGAUUCGCCUCCUCAAGCACUAACUCCCGAUUACGGUGGACCAUCAGUCAGUUAUGCAGAUGGGGUGUUUGAUUCUCGGUUUAAUCGUUUAAUUACUAUUCAGGAAGAUGGACGUCAAAGUAGCUUGAAUCCAAUCAACACAAUUGUAUCAGUAGAACUUGACGGCAAGGAUAUUAAUGAACCGAAGGUCUUAGUUGGAGGAAAUGAUUUCUAUGCCUUCCCUAGAGUGGAUCCCAAAGGGGAACGAAUUGCGUGGAUUGAAUGGGGUCAUCCUAACAUGCCAUGGGAUAAAUCUGAGCUCUGGGUUGGCUACCUCUCUGAGAAUGGCGAGGUUUCCAAACGAGUUCGUGUUGCUGGUGGUGAUCCAAAGCUUGUGGAAUCUCCUACUGAACCGAAGUGGUCUGCUCAGGGAGAACUAUUUUUUAUUACUGAUAGACAAAGUGGGUUUUGGAAUCUCUAUAAAUGGUUUGAGGCUAAUGAUGAGGUGGCUCCAUUAUAUUCUUUAAACGCUGAGUUUUCCCGACCCUUAUGGGUUUUUGGCACAAAUUCUUAUGAGUUCCUAAAGAACAGUGUUGGGAGAAACAUCAUAGUCUGCACCUACAGACAGCAUGGGCGAUCAUAUCUUGGAGUCUUGGAUGAGGCGCAAAGUUCACUAUCCUUGCUCGACAUCCCAUUCACGGAUAUUAAUAAUAUUGCUCUGGGUCGUGAUUGUAUAUAUGUGGAAGGAUCGACAGCACUUGAUCCAUCAUCUAUUGCCAAGGUGACCCUAAAUGAAAGAAUCUUGGAAAUAGUACAUUUCACUAUUAUCUGGUCUUCUUCGCCGGAUAUUUUGAAAUUUAUGUCAUACUUCAGCCUUCCUGAGUUCAUUGAAUUUCCAACCGAAGUUCCUGGUCAAACUGCUUUUGCCUACUUUUAUCCGCCGACCAAUCCUAUUUACCAGGCUAGUCAGGAUGAAAAGCCUCCACUGUUGUUGAGAAGUCAUGGAGGGCCAACUGCUGAAACACGUGGAAUUUUAAAUCCUAGCAUUCAAUAUUGGACUAGUCGAGGCUGGGGUUAUGUUGAUGUCAAUUAUGGUGGUAGCACUGGUUAUGGGAGAGAGUACCGAGAAAGGCUUUUGAGGCAGUGGGGAAUUGUUGAUGUCAAUGACUGCUGCAGUUGUGCAAGAUUUUUGGUGAACUCUGGAAAGGUUGAUGGAGAACGAUUAUGUAUCACUGGGGGCUCUGCUGGUGGAUAUACCACCUUAGCUGCUCUUGCUUUUAGAGAUACGUUUAAGGCAGGAGCUUCCUUGUACGGGAUAGCUGACUUAAGCUUGUUGAGAGCAGAUACACACAAGUUCGAAUCUCAUUAUAUCGACAAUCUCGUUGGGAAUGAAAAAGAUUACUUUGAGAGGGCACCGAUCAAUUUUGUUGAGAAAUUUUCUUGCCCUAUAAUCCUAUUCCAGGGAUUGGAGGACAAAGCCGUACUGCCUAAUCAAUCUCGUAAGAUUUAUCAUGCCUUGAAGGAUAAGGGCUUGCCUGUUGCACUAGUGGAGUAUGAAGGAGAAGAACAUGGUUUCCGCAAGGCAGAAAAUAUUAAAUUUACCCUCGAACAGCAAAUGAUGUUCUUUGCUCGAUUUGUUGGACGAUUCCAAGUUGCAGACGAUAUUAAUCCAAUCAAAAUUGAAAACUUUGACUGAGGAUAUGCCUGCUGGUAUAUUUGGAAACCUUCUACUUUGUGAAUUUCACGGAAUGGUUUUGUGAGAUCUUCUGUCAAUAACUUCAACACAGCAUUUGGACGAACAAUGGUUUGUGUUGACUAUCUUGUGGUUUGUGUUGACUAUCUUGCUCCAGGUCCAUAUGAUGAAAAUAUGGCAGUAAGUUUGGAAUCGCUUUAAACCAUGACGGGUGUCUUGGAUGGGUUUGAUUGCUUUAUUUCCAACCUUUUGAAGGACAGUUUUAAUGAAUAAAAGCAUCUCAUUUUAUUUACAA